GAGGCUGAGCUUCCGGGGUCUGUAGCUGGAGCGCCGGAGGAAGAGCAGGAUCAGCUGAACUACAGAAGUUAUGGAGAAGUUUCUCUUUCUGGAGGUUGUUUGAUGUGUUGUAACAGUAAAUAGAAAUGAAAAUAUUCUCCUGAAAUUCACCACCAACAACCAGGAUAUUUAUCAAAAGAUCAAAGUUAAACUGCUGAAAGAGGGGAAGCACAAGCCAUCCUGAAGAAUCUGGAGAACACACAAAAAUAGUUUGCUACAUUUAACAGACAAAUAAAGCCAAGUCCCAACAUGGAGAAACAUCAGCACUCUGUCAAGAGUUUUACUAAACAGAGUGAUCUCAAAAAACAUCAGCGCAUUCACACAGGAGAGAAACCGUAUUACUGCACAGACUGUGGGGGGAGUUUUAAUCGACAGAGUCAUCUCCAACAACACCAGCGCAUUCACACAGGAGAGAAACCGUAUCACUGCUCAGACUGUGGGGGGACUUUUAAUCGACAGAGUCAUCUCCAACAACACCAGCGCAUUCACACAGGAGAGAAACCGUAUCACUGCUCAGACUGUGGGAAGAGUUUUAAUCAACAGAGUACUCUCAAAACACAUCAGCGCAUUCACACAGGAGAGAAACCGUAUCACUGCUCAGACUGUGGGAAGAUUUUUACUACCCAGAGUGAACUUAAACGACACCAGCGCAUUCACACAGGAGAGAAACCAUAUUACUGCUCAGACUGUGGGAAGAGUUUUAAUCAACAGAGUACUCUCAAAACACACCAGCGCAUUCACACAGGAGAGAAACCGUAUCGUUGCUCAGACUGUGGGAGGAGUUUUACAGCACAGAGUGAUCUCAAAAAACACCAACGCAUUCACACAGGAGAGAAACCGUAUCACUGCUCAGACUGUGGGAAGAGUUUUACUGAACAGAGUAGUCUCAAAAACCAUCAGCGCAUUCACACUGGAGUAAAACCAUAUUACUGCUCAGACUGUGGGAAUAUUUUUACUACACAGAGUAAUCUCAAAAAUCACCAGCGCAUUCACACAGGAGAGAAACCGUAUCACUGCUCAGACUGUGGGAAGAGUUUUACUACACAGAGUAAUCUCAAAAAUCACCAGCGCAUUCACACAGGAGAGAAACCGUAUCACUGCUCAGACUGUGGGAAGAGUUUUACUACACAGAGUAAUCUCAAAAAUCACCAGCGCAUUCACACCGGAGAGAAACCGUAUUACUGUUCAGAUUGUGAGAAGAGUUUUGCUAAACAGAGUCAACUUAAAAAUCAUCAGCGCAUUCACACAGGAGAGAAAACUGUCCCAAAUUUGUUCCACGGCAAUAAAAAGCGCAAAUCGUAAAUCUUUCAGACAGAACACCUUAUCCUACACAAAUGUUUCACUUUGUCACUUGGGACACGUUCCACCAGAAAUAAACAUGAACUGAAUUUAACAACGGAUUUUACAGAUUCAUUAAAAUGAAUCUGAUCCAGAUGAUGUUUAUUGAAAUUAAUGUUAUGUUUUCUCGUAUGUUUGAUAUUCCAGGACAUUCUCUCGUUGAUGUACUUUUACUCUUUUCUAAUAUAUAUUUAUAUAUACAUAUGUGUAAUGCUGAAACUAUUUUUCCAGUAAACUUUCAUACAUUUUAUAUUCUAA